CAGCUUGUUAUCGUCCCCGGGAUUUCUGCAAAUAGUUCCGGGUGCCAGCGAGUCCCGUUGAAAGAUGGCUGGGCAUUCAGUCUUGCUGGCUGCCGUCUCUGUCCUUUCUGCCUGUCAGCAAAGUUACUUUGCUUUGCAUGUAGGAAAAGCAAGAUUAAAGUACAAAAUCACAGCCCCUGCCGUCUCUGGGUCACCAGAGUUUGAGAGAAUAUUCCGUGCACAGCAAAACUGCGUGGAGUUUUACCCGGUGUUCCUGGUCACACUGUGGAUAGCUGGAUGGUAUUUCAACCAAGUUUUCGCUUCUGGCCUGGGCCUGGUGUACAUGUAUGCCCGUCACGAGUACUUCUGGGGUUAUUCAGAAGCUGCUAAAAAGAGGAUCACGUGCUUCCGGUGGAGUCUGGGGGUUUUGGCCUUGAUGACCCUCCUAGGUGCCCUGGGCAUUGCCAACAGCCUUCUGGAUGAAUACCUGGACCUCGACGUUGCCAAGAAACUGAAGAGGUCCUUCUGAUUCCGCCUCCCUUGCUCCUUGAUGCGCAGAAGCUGUUUUACCCUGAAGGUUUUAUGGGGAUUCUGCUUCAAUUAAAAAAAGCAAAGUUAGGCCUCCCCAGUGGCGCAGCGGUUGAGCGCUGGGUUGUGAGGCUGCCCCCGGCCUCUGCAGCGCUAGUUCGAUCCCCGGCUGCUCCCCGGCCACCGGAGGAGGGUCCCACAUGGCGCGCAGACCUCUCCUGCCACCCGCUGCUCCCCUCAGCAGUGUCCUUCGGUCCUUCUGCCUGCUCUGCUCCCCGCUCUGGCUCUGGUGAAUUCUCUCGCCCUCCCGCGCUUCUGACUGUACCCAGUGCUUGUAUAAACAA